GGCGCGAGGAUGCGGGGCGCGCUCCGCCCGGGCGUCACCCAUCCCGCAGGGAUCAGCGGGAAACGCGGGGCUGGAGGGACACGCGCCGCCCCUCCUACUUCCGGUGUCUGUUCCGCUUCCGCGUCAACGAGACAGCCCCUACGGCGGGCAAGAGGGACCCCGCCGUCCCCUGCCCGGGCCAGUCCUCCCAGUGCAGGGGCCGCCCCGCUGAGCGGCCCCUGGGCAGUUCCCGCUGCGGCCCGUCCAGGGGCCUGGACCGUCGGCCCCAGGGGGCGCCGGAGCCGUUUGUGAAGUGGGGGUGCUGGGGGCAGCAGCACCCCUAGUCCCAGCCCUGCUGGGCCCAGCUACCUUCGUACGCCCUGCCCGCCUGAGGGUCCGGCUUUCAGCAGGGUCCUGUCGCCCUGCUGAAAGCUGCCACCGCGGGUUCAAGGGGGCCCUGUGCCAGCCCCACCCCAAGGCACAAGGAGCCUCAGCCCUGGGCAGAGCCCCAGCUCCCAGCAUGGGGGUCCCGGCAGUGGCAGCGUGGGGCAGGGGUCCACCUGGCCUUCUGCGCGCCCCAGACAAGCGAGGCCCCUUGAGCGCUGAUGGCAGAGAGGUGCCGUAUGGGAAAAAUGGAUUAUCAUCAACUAGUGAGGGCAGGGGUGCCAGGACAAUGUUUACUGUGUGUAUGCUGAGAGCCACUGAACCAAACUGUAAACCCUGCAGGUAAUGGAAAGCACUUCAAGACUGGGGGUGCAGCAGCACCCCUAGUUCCUGCACCAAUGAAUGAGGGGACAUCUUUGGGCACAGGUCACUCAGUUUCAGUGAUGUCAAUCCAGACAUUUCGGGUGCAUGGGGAAAUUCUGGUCCCACUCCGCACAGACUCCAUUACAGUCCGCACUCUUCCCCCCUACUCCUCCUGCAGGGACCCUGGGCCUCCUUGAUCGGGGAGUCUCCCCUCUCUCAGCUACAAAGUGCAGAAGCUGGUGGCAUGAAGAGUCAAGUUUACAGCAGGCUCCUCUGAGCUCCAUUGUACAGGAGCCGAGAGACCCUGGGCACCAGCUCGCAACACCACUUGGCCCGGCUGUUCCUCCUCCACCUGUACGCAGGGGUGGCUAGGUCACAUUUUGAUGGUGAUGCAACCAUGCAGCUGGAGCAGGAUGGCUCUGGCAGCAGCCACGCUGAUUUAGUUCCAGAGUAACAGCCGUGUUAGUCUGUAUUCGCAAAAAGAACAGGAGGACUUGUGGCACCUUAGAGACUAACCAAUUUAUUUGAGCAUGAGCUUUCGUGAGCUACAGCUCACUUCAUCGGAUGCACCAAUGAUUUAGUGUGGUACCACCACUUAAAACCAGUGGGGACAUGGCCUGGGUGAUUAGUAACCAGAUAAUAUUCUUUUUCUGGAACUUUGAGCAAGUGCAAAAACCCGGAGGAGGGUCAUUUGUCAUCCCCCUGACUCCUCCCUGACUGGCACCAGGGCUCAGUCAUGCUCCCACCAUGGUGUUAGUGAUGUCGGUCAGGCCAGCGGGAGCAUUCAGCAGAGAGAGGGCAGGAGGGAAGGUCCCAGGGAAGGCCCUGAAUCAGGUGUUGGACAAAUUUCAGAAGAGGAGGAGCUGCAUCCAGAAGGCAAUGGGGUGGAGCAACCAGAGAGUAGCCAUAACAGAAAGAAAGAGGCAGAUGGUGGUUCAGCAGAGGAGCCAGGAAUGGAACUCAACCCAGCAGAACCAAAUGCACCUGAGUCCCCAGAGCCUCCCAUUGUAGAGGGAAUGCAGCCAGAGAACAGUGAUGACACGGAAGAGGGAGAGGCUUUGCCUACAGAGGACCCAGGAGAGAGACUCAUCCCAAAAGAGCAAGAGGUCUCAGGGGCCACAGAGCAGGAGGUCGCAGGGGCCACGGAGCAGGAGGUCGCGGGGACCACGGAGGAAGAGGUUUCAGGGGCCACGGAGCAGGAGGUCUCUGAGGUCACCUUUGGAGAGGAAAAAUCUGAUGAGGUUUCCUCAGACCAAGUAGAAGUGGAUAAUCUUCCUCCCAAACUGCCUGACAUGGAGCAGUCAGUGAUAGACAGCUGGAGCAGAUCCCGCAUGUCCUCAGGAGCUAGCACCCAGAGGUCUGCAUUAUCAGUGCACAUGGAGAUUCAUGCUGAGUCAGGUGACAUUGGGGUAGCCAUCUCCUCUCCCUAUUCAGACUCUGCAUUUCAGCUGUUUAACCAGCACCUCAGCAGGCUUGGGAGUGGGGAAGAGAAUGCAAGUCUACAUUAUGCAGAUGAGCAAGCUGAAAUAGAGGGCAGUGAGGAAACGGAGGAGGAAACACAGCUGAUUGUCUUGGACCCGGAACAUCCCCUGAUGAGAAGAUUCCAAGCUGCCCUAAAGAAUUACCUUAGUAAACAGAUGGAAAAAGUGACCAUGGAGCUUCGGGAGCUGACGGUGGCCACAAAGCAGGGUAAGGUGCAGAGGGAGGAGCUGGGAAUGGUCCUUUAUGGGGUCCAGCAGCAGCUGGCCCGGCUGCAGAUGGAACUGGAGAAGAACCAGGACCGAUAUUCUCAGAUAGCCAUGGUGCGUCGGCAGCUAGAGGAGGAGCUGCAGGACAUCAGAAAUGUGUACAAGAAAACAUGUCAGAGCACUGAGGAUGAACGCAAGAAAGUUUCUGUAAUGCAGACAGAGGUGGAAAACAUGGCCUUGCGUCUCUUCUAUAUGCAGAACAUGGACCAGGAUGUGCGUGGUGAUAUCUCCGUGAUGAAACGGGCAGUGAAGAAGGCUGAGGCAGACAGGAAUCAGGCUGAGGUGGAGAAGAAAAAACAGGAUCUGCUUGUAGACCGCUUAACAAGGAAGUUUAAUGAACUGCAGGAGCAGAUUGGUCUGUAUGAAGCUCAAUUUAUUGCCCAGGCUGAAGACACAAAAAUAACACGAAAAGCAGUGAGUGAGGCUUGUAUGGAGAUACAAACUAUUAACAUGGAGAAGAAGCAACUGAUGCAUCAGUGGGAUAGCAGCUUGACUGGGAUGAAGCGACGAGAUGAAGCCUACUCUGCCAUGCAGGAGGCACUAAGGCAGUCCAAGCACCAGCUCAGGUCCUUAGAGACAGAGAUCCAAGUCUACAAGAAGUCAGUCACGAAGGAGGAAGAGAGGAACGAGCUGCUUGCCAGCAUCUUGAACCGCUCGGAGAAUGAUGCCAACAUGAGCAAGAAGCUGAUUGCCCAGUGCACAGCCAAACAGGAUGCCCUGAAAGUUGAAUACAGCACCUACACCCGCACGCUGCAUGAGACAGAGCAAGCCCUCAGCAGGGCCAACUCGGACCGAGCUGCUCGGAUGAAUGAGUUGCAGGCCAUCAGUAAGGAAACAAAGAAAGAGACUGAAGCCAGACAGGAGUUGGAGAAUCAGAUCAUGGCAAAGCUGCAGGAUCAGCUGAUGUCCAGCAAAGCAGCAAAAUAUUUUUCACAACUGGCUGCUAAACUUCAUAAGAGAAAGCUGGAUCUGGAGCUGCAUUUUUCCAAAGUUGAGAAUGACACAGCCCAGGUCAUUCUGGACACAACUCACACCAACUGCAGGCUCUCUAUGCUCCAAAAGACAUUCUCUGCGCUGGACAAGGAAAUGAAAAAUAUCAAUGACCUGAUCAACCGCAGUGAGAAUGAGAUCAGCAAGCGCAAUCUCCUGAUCGAGCGCAAGCAGGGGGUCAUCAACCUGUUCAACAAGAAAAUGGAGAUGACGAUUUCCCAGUUGGGGGGUCAAGAACUGGGACCCUUGGAAGUUGAGAUCAACAGGCUGACCAAGCAGAUAGAUGAAUACAACUCAGACGUGAUGACACUGCAGAAGUACUGGCUCAGGCUGCAGAAAGAGCUGGUCAAACUGACCCAGGAGCGGGAAGAGCAGCUGGCCUCCUUGGAUAUGUUAAAGAAACAGAUCACCAUCAUGCAACAAAAGAAAGUGCGCACUGAAAAUGAAAUCCAGCAGGAGAAGAAUGAACAGAAAGACAUUGAACGCCACAUGAGGAACAUGGCCAAUGACUUGAUGAAACUCAACAUGUUAAUCAACAAGAACAGCCACAACUCGGAGGAGCUGCAGCAUGGCAACACCAUCAUGGAGAAUGAGUUUGUGCGCUCGCUUAAGGCAGCAGAGAGAGAGUCGAUUGAGAUGCAGGAGAAGCUGGACCGACUGCAUGAGGAGAAAGAGAGACUCCUAAACAGCCUGGUGGAAGCAGAGCAUCAGAUCAUGCUAUGGGAGAAAAAGAUCCAGCUGGCUAAGGAGAUGCGUGCUGCAGUGGACUCAGAGACAGGGCAAGGCGAGAUCCGAGCCAUGAGAACAGAGAUCCAUAGGAUGCAGGUCCGCUACAGCCAGCUGACAAAGCAGCAGGAGAAGAUGAUUCGUGAUAUGGAGGCAGCUGUCUCCCGCAGAGAGACCAUCAUGAUUCGGGGGGAGGGUCAGAGCAAAAUGGAUAAGAAACAUUUCACCCAGAGUGACUUCCACCACAAGACACAGGAGCUGCGAAAGAAGAUCAAGGAAACCCAAAAGAAUGCUCAAGACUGCAACAGAACCAUCACAGAGCUGGAGAACACCCAGAAAUCUCUCAGCAUCGGCCUUCUGGAAAAGCAGCAGCAGGUCUCCAGUUUGCAGGCUGAGACUGAUGUCCUUGAUGCAGACAUAGAGAGGCUUCAGGACAAGAAACGUUGGAACCUUUCAGAAAUUGUGGCCUAUCAGACUCGUCAGAAGCAUCUGCAGGCAGUGAAGGACGGGAAGUAUACCCCACUGUGCCGCACCCAGCAAGUCCUGCAGCAGGAGCAGCGGAAACAGCAGGACCGGCUGCACACCAUUAAUGUCAUCAUCCAUCAGAUUCAGCAGGAGUAUCCUCAGUACCAGAGGGUGUUGUCCUGGCUCAGCCAAGCCCUGGACUCCAGGCUUGGGUCACAGGAAGCAGAAUAGGCAGAAGCACAGAGCCAGAUCGGAAUAAAGUAUCUUUUGACAAAUAUUUUCACAAAUAAAUACAGUAUAAGAUUUUAUUGCUUUUGUCACUUUCCUGGAGGCUGAACAACAGAAAAAUGAGCAGUGAUGAGAAACUGACACACAAAGUAAUAAAACUGCUUCUGUGAUCUUGGGUUCCAGCCGUGUGUGCCCUGCUCCAAUCUCUGGCUUUUCUGUCUGCUCCAAGACAGCAGGCUGGUUUAGGUCCAACCACUCAUAUAAUUGUGUAUUGUGUUAGAACAUGGGAAAGAGGUGCAAAUCCACUUUUUGGGGGUUAAGUCGCACAGUCUUCUCCAUGGACAGAGAGAUGGGUCCUAGAACACUUUCUGCCAAAUCUGGGGAGCUCACCAGCUUUGAGCUGCAUCAAAGUUGAAGAUGGAAUAUGAAUGCUUCUGGAAUGGGAAGAUGAGUGCAGACAGGGCCUAGAAAGACAUUCCUGAAUGAAGUGGAAAAUCCUCUAAUCUUGUUCAUACUCCCCUUCUAUACAGAAUACUAUUCUUCAGUGGAUUGCCAACAGUCUUUCCCAUCAGUGUCAGCACUUCACUUAAGAGCUCCAAUUGCAAAAACCAAUCCACAUGGUUUUGUUUAGUGGUAGUGCCCCUAAAUUAGGGAGUAUAUGACAGGGUGAAACAGUGAGGUAUGGUCUCUGCUCAUCAGAAUAAGCAGAGGGACAUCAGAGGGGAAAUGCACGUUUUUCUAAGCAGACUGGACUUGUGUUUAACAGCUGCUUAUUUCAUAACCCUGCGGAGGAGAACGAGGAAAUGAACCUCCCAUCUUCAGCAACUUCAGAUUUCCUUUUCUUUCAUUUCAGCGGGUUGCUUGGCCUCUCUGUCUUGUGUUUGUUUUACUGA